AUGGGAGAACCGUACAAAAUGUUCGUCUCUGGCAAUUCAAAAGAAGGACAAUCAGAAGCAAAUCAUUUUCGACAUGAUAAGAGAUGUCAAGACGUUGAUAUAAUGAUUGAAAUUGGUUCGAUAUCAUCGAUGGACUCCUUAGAGGCAAUUCCUAAUGUACCAGAUUUUGUUCGUGUUCUGUCUUGUGAAGAAACAGUUCAACUUAAAUAUUCAAUUGAUUAUCCAGCUAGACUCAUUAAAUCUUUACAUCCACUACCAACUGAAAACGAAUUUAUCAAUGCUACGAAAAUUAAAGAGAUUAUAUUGAAUAAUAUCAAAUCAAGUUGUACUUUUGGAAAUACCAUUUCCGAUUCGCGUACUUAUGUAACCGGACCAUUACUGGCUAGUGUAGAAGCUACUGCACAACUUAAUUAUGCUGAAAUACUAGAUUAUUUUAAUCUGUUCUUAGGCUAUAUAAAUCCUCUUCCACAGUCACACAUAAGCGAUGAUGAAGUAAUGAAGAGAUUUAAAGAAUUUGCAGAGACUGAGGUCAAUGUUGGAAGACAACAUGUUGUUGCAUUCUUGCAAAAUGUCGUUGGUCAUGGAGUAUAUGAUGUUUCCGCUCAAAAACAACUAACUAAAGAUGUUUUCUCAACUAUUAGUCCUCUAUUUGACUAUCGUUUACCGAAUGAUCUAAGAAAAAAGAUCGAAGCCGUGUUAGAGUUUUACUUCAGAUAUCGAAGUUAUUUACCUGGAUUGGAUGCGAUGAGAGAUGUAUAUUCGAGUGCACACGACCAGCAUAAUCCUUUAGGUGGAGAUACAGAUUAUGUGCCAUAUCUGAGACUUGAAUUCUGGCCAGACGCUCUUCAUUGGUUUCUCGAUCGCUUGAAAAGAAAGCGAUCAUUACUCUAUGAGCAAGUAAAAUCAGUCCAUAUGCAUUUAAUUGGAAAAUGGUCUGGAAAAACUUCAGAAGGUAUGAGAAAUGUUGAAUUUCGCUAUUCUUUCUCAGUUUUGGAGAAGACACUAGCUGAAUUAAGAACUCCGACAGAGCAGAUCUUGAAUCGUGUUGCUCGUGGACUUUUCUACAAAUAUUUGCAUAAAAGUGCACCUGGUGCUGCUCUACCCUCAGCAAAUGACAAGUAUCUCACAUCUUAUUUUGUUAAAACAACAAUUCUCUGGAUGUGUGAAACAAUCGAUCUCGAUCAGAUUUAUUCAGUUAAAGCAGAAUUCUUACAUGGAGGAACUGCACAAAUAGACUACGAAGAUGAGUCAUUAGCCAAACUUAUAGCUGAACAAUGGAUCGAAUAUUCUUCUUCCAUUUUACGAUCGGGACGCUGUAAACACUAUUUUAUCAAAGACUUGAACAUACUUGACGGUUUUUCAAUGGAUUACCUUGAACGGCUAGCUGACAUUUUGGGAAAAAAUGUUGAUUUCAGUGAUACUCGAACGCAGCGACUAAUCUUUCAAAAUGAUCCAGAGGAAGUAGACCAUUAUAUAAGUCAAAUCGACAAACUCGAUGAAAAAAAACAACAACACUUGUAUACUGUCUUGUUCUCAUUUGGCAGUUUAGAAUUUUUAGAUGACUGUGCGAAACUUAUGCAUGAGCUUGGAUACAUGAGAGAUAUUUCUUUAUCUAAUGAUGUUGAAAAUCAAUGGUUUGGAGUUUUAACUAUACUUAUACUCUCUCCAACCGAUAACUGGUACUUGAAUAAUUGGAAGAGAUGGAAAACUUUAUUUCUGGAUACGAAUCGUAAUAGUGAUGACAGGAUGUCAGUUUUAUAUCCGGAUCAUGAUGUUGACGAAGGCUUUAUUGUAACUAGCAAGUCGCCAUUAUAUAUUGUACUACUGUUGUACUAUUCUGCAAUGGCUAGAAGGAUAAAUGAAACAAUUUUGGAUGAAGAUUUUGCUGCAAUAUUAGGCGAACGUCAAUCUGAACCACCAAUAUUAGUAGGUGAUAUGAUAGAUGUAUUUACAAAAAUAUAUAUGAACCUAGUGACUCAAUGGCCAAAUAAUCAUCGGACUGUCACACAAGAUACUACAAAAAACUUCAAUGCAGUAUUAAAUGAAAUGAUCACAACUCUACCGGCUAGACGUAGAAAAUUAUUUGAGUCAGAUCGUCUUACAAAGGAAGAAUACGAACGGGAAGCUAAUAUUGUAGCAAUAUUAAACUUAGAAGACUAUAUGGCUCAAAAGACAAUAACAGAAAUAAGUUAUGACUUGGCCAUUAAUCACUCACAAACAGCAACGGAUAUUUCAACACGCACAAGUAGUGAAAAUACAGCUGAUUUAAACUUUGGCUGGGAGAUGCGUGAAUCUACUAUAAUUCUCUACUCAUUCCGUUUACUUUUUCUUGACCACAAUAACUUAACAGUAACGUGGGAGCCACCAACACUGUGGUAUUUAGCACAACGGCUAAGAAUAUUUCAUGAAUUAUUGCAAAUAACAGGCCAACAACGAUCAGUCAAUCCAUUGACCUCCCGUCCCUAUAGCGCUUUCCUCUUGGAUUCACGUUUUCCAACUUGGGAAGAUAUAUAUAAUUGGGAUUUGCACACGUGGAGAAUACUCGUGCAAAACUUACGGUCUAGGGAGUCGACAAACAUUGAUUCGAAUGAGUACGAUGGAUAUGGAUAUAGAUAUGAGUUCGAUGGCCAUUUCUUCGUCGAAUUUUACGAGAAUCAAAUUCUUCAAUGGACCACGUCAGCACCUGAGAAUGCUGAUCAGUUUCGACGUCUCCUUGACGGUAACAUUACCAAGGGUACGCUAAUACUAAAACUUAGUUUAAACAGUGUGUUGGAGGAUUCAUUUAAACAAAUAAUGCAACUUGAAGGAGCUGAAUUACGACGUCAUACAGUAAAUAUAGUUUAG